CAAAUCUACAGCAUGAAGUGGACGAGUUAAAUAAAAGUAGGAACUUAUUUGCGUUUAUGAUCAGAGUAAGGCGAUUAUUAGAGGCAUUGACAAAAUAAAUAAAAGAGAUUUCUUGUGCACGGCUCUUUUUCCUUUUUUUUUUUUCUACAUGACUUGUUCUAGUUUUAAAGUACCUAUUGGGUUUCCCAUCUUUGGGCUUGCAUUUACUUCCAAUGGCCAACUUGUUGUUGGCGGUGGUGGUGGUGCUGGACGUUCUGGUGUAAAAAAUAAGCUUUCUUUAUAUAAAAUUGAUACGCGUCGAAAGGACUUGGAAGAGGAUGCUUCAUUUGAGUUUUCUUCUGAGGAAGAUGCACCCAUGAGUUUAGAUGUUCAUCCAAAAGAAUCUAUCGUUAUAACGGGUGUUAACAGUACAGAAAACAACAUCAAACAAGGCAGUAAUGACAAUUGCCGUUUAUUCAAAAUACUUGAUGACAAACUAGAACUACAGAAAGCAGUAAACACACUAGAAAGCAAGCAACUAGAAGAUUAUCAGGGUGUAGUACGCUUUAGCUUUGAUGGAAGUUUGGUUGCGACAGGAACAACAGAUGGAAAAGUACACGUAUUCAACUAUCCUGAACUUGAGCCACUUUGCAUGACUUUAUUAACAAAUAACGGAGAGGUUUUGGAUGUUGACAUCAAUUUGGAAAAGGAGAAACUUAUCUGUGUGCUGAGUCAAGAGCUAAAACUGAUCAACCUUCGCAACAAGAAAAACCUUGGAAAAGUGGUGCAAACCAUUAGCUACCCUCUCAAGAAUUCGCAAGGUGAAUUUAGAGCAUUUAGAUACGGCAGAGGGUUCACAGAGAAUGUUGGUUUUGCUAUUGUCAAUGAUAAGAAGGGAGCUUACAUCGUCAAGUACGAUGCCUAUACAUUUGAACAGCUGAAAAUGGUCAAAGUGUCGUCUAAGCCUAUAACAGCCGUCGCAUUGAGCCAAGAUGGCGCUGUGCUUGCCCUUGGUUGUGCAGACUUGACAAUCUUUAUUGUAGAUGCAUCAAGCUUAAAGACUCUGGAUCGUAUCAAGGACGCUCACAGCUUCUCCAUUACCUGUAUCGCAAUCAGCCCUGAUAGACGAGUUGUGGCAAGUGGUUCUGCAGAUAAUACAUGUCGCAUCAUCACACUUCCACUUCAAUUCUCUCAAACACUACCGAUCAAUCCACUUCACACAUUAAUGUUGGCUCUUUUGGUUGCAGGCAUCUUACUGUGGUUGACAACCCUGAUCAACAUAGAACCCUACUUUAACCGUGACAGCAACGUACAGGAGCGUUUUACGUAAAUACAAAAGUACGAAAAUAUUUCUAUUGAUGUUUUCCUCCUCUUUGAACCACAUCUAUUACCACCGAUCUUUAUCUUUGUGUUUCUAAAUGAAUAUUUGAUGCAAGUUGCUCUUAGUUACUACUUUAUACUGUAUUUUUAUAAAAUAUUGUCGUAAAAAGAC